CCUUCCUGCUCCUCAGCCGCUCCGCCUGCUGCUUGACAUAAACCGACUACCGGAGAAAAAUCACGAAAUUCACCCGAAAUCCUCCGAAAACCGCGCGGGUCCCGGGAGUUAUGAUGGGUGGUAGGACGAGCGCGAUAGCCGCGGGGGUGUGCGGGGCUCUGUUCGUCGGUUACUGCAUUUAUUUCGACAGGAAAAGACGGAGUGACCCCAACUUCAAGAACAGGCUGCGAGAACGGAGGAGAAAGCAGAAGGCAGCCAAGGAGAGGGCAGGCCUGGCAAAGCUUCCAGACCUGAAGGACGCUGAGGCGGUGCAGAAGUUCUUCCUGGAGGAGAUCCAGCUGGGGGAGGAGCUGCUGGCUCAGGGAGACUACGAGAAAGGUGUGGACCACCUGACCAACGCCAUCGCGGUGUGCGGUCAGCCUCAGCAGCUGCUGCAGGUCCUGCAGCAGACUCUGCCGCCGCCGGUCUUCCAGAUGCUGCUCACCAAACUGCCCAGCAUCAGCCAGCGUAUCGUGAGCGCACAGAGUCUGAGCGAGGACGAUAUAGAAUAAGAAGAGGACUGAGACGAAACAACCCCUGCCCACCGCCCUUCCUCACUCAUCCUCCUCUUCCUCAUGUGGACCUCCUCCUUCCAUCACGACCCGCCAACGCCUCGGCCUCCAUCGCUCCGGCCGACGUCCAUCGCUUCCCACCAAGGCGUCCUAAAGGGAUCUAGUUUUUUAUUCCUGGUUUAUCCGUGACAGUAGUGUUUGUGUUUUUUUACAUUACCCGUUUCGGGGUAUUAGAAUAUCUCCAUCACAAAAACCCAGAGAAAUACAAACAAGCUUGUUCCUGCGCCACCAACAUCAAGUACGUACCAACUAACUGGACGGGGUUUGUGCUGAGAACAUCGCUCAGCUCCUUCCUUCAGGGUGGAGCAGCAUCGUAUCCCAGGUUUACACGGUCUGACAUGUUUGUCCCGGCCGUCUUCAUGGUUAUGAUGAUAUCAGCCGUAGACAGAGGAACGAUAAUCUUCUCUUUGCUCGGAUGCUUCACAGAGUAUUUAUUGUUUUGUUAUCAGUUGUCGUUCUGUUCAGUCUAGACUCAAACACUUUUUCAGAAGUGAUGAAAUGUUUUGUUCAUGUUAAAGAGGACGAGCCUCUUUAGGAAAAAAUAAAAAAAUGAGCAAACUC